AUAUCAUAUGUUUUACAUUGCACAAAUGGUAUUUCAGGUUUGAGUUUGAACUGUGGAAUUUUUCUUGGUGGUUGUGUUUUUCCAGGAAAUAUUGGAUUGUUAAUUUUUUAUAUUCUGGAAUAUUUGGCGCUUUUUGUGGGUAAGAAUGACUGUCAGUCAUGAUCUUCUCUCUCUUGAUUUCAGUUAUAUCUAUCCAUUGGGGGUAUUCCUUAGGUCAAUCAGAUGUAGGAGAGCCCAAAGCUUAUCGUGUGCUUUUCAGGGUUAUGGAAACGUACGAUGUCGAUCCUGAUGUCAUGAGAUGGGGCCUUCAUCUUUUAGAUGUUUGUACCUUUACAAAUGACAGUUCUCGCAAUACUGUUACUGAAUAUAGAUUUGACCCGAGUUAUAGUCAAGUGGCAUAUGUCAAUGAAGGUUAUUGUGAACCGUGUACUGUGAAUUUGGAGAAUGAUGAGGCUAUUGCACACGCUUUUCAAGAAGAGAUAUCUAGAAUUGAUUCUAUAGAGCUUUCUGGGGUAUCUGAUUCUGGGGAAGACCGUCUGCAAGCAUCUGUUCUUGCACAGGAUUGGCUUGGCCCUUCGUCUAGGCAUGACCCUUUUGGACUUGAGGGUGAUCAGAAAACAACUCUUGGCAACGACAUAAAAGUUGGGGAGACGGAUGAUCUGAGAGGCAACGAGGUGGAGAAAAUGGGAAAUCUCUCUUCAUAUCACCACAACACAGUAGAUAAUCCUUUUGCGGAUGAAUGCUCUUCAUAUUCAUUGGAAAUAAUGGACGAGUCUUCACUUGAUGGUGAAGUGGGCAAAAGACUGAAUCAAAUCGUUCCGGUUCCGGUAAGUAUGUGCGUAGCUUUCGUGAAAAAUUCCUUGGUUGAUUGUGUUAUUCAAUAAUAUAUACUUUUAUCUUUCUUUUGAUUAUGAGUUU